AUGAAGAUGUGGCGGCUACUCCUCCUUGGGGUGGCCACAGGCAGAUGUCUGCAUGAGGAGACCCAGAAGUCUGUGCGCCUUCUUAGGCCUCCUUUCUCUCAAAUGCCCACCCACUUCCGCUCCUCAAUCCUUCCUCUCCCUGGCUCCCAUGAGCCUCGACCCCUUAGAAUCCAAACCUACUACUCAAGAGCUCCUGUGCCCGGUGAGGCUUGGGAUCCUGAGGCGGAAACGCGAGCCCUGGCUGCGGUGACAGAGACCACUCGAAGGAUUCAGGGCAUCCUAGCAGUACAAGGACCUCUGCUUCUGAGUCGAGACCCAGCACAAUACUGCCAUGCCGUCUGGGGAGACCCAGAUACCCCAAACUACCAAAGGUGCAGCAUCUUGAACCCAGGGUACAAAGGAGAGAGUUGCCUUGGAGCAAAGAUUCCAGAUGCCCACCUGCGUGGUUAUUCCUUGUGGCCAGAGCAUGGUCUGCCCCAGCUAAUCCAACCAGAUGGCCCCGGAGUCCAAAACGCUGACUUUCUCCUGUAUGUGCAGGUUGCCCACACUUCCAAGUGUCACAAAGAGGCUACCCAUGGGUGCUGCCCCAGCAGAACCAUAUAGAGCCCCUGCUUCCUUUUUUUUUUUUUUUUUUCUUUCCUCAGGAAGAUUCCCUCUACCUGUUUUAUCUCACUUUCCUUUCCACUCUCCUUUCCCCUGGCCUGUUUGCAGCCCUCUGUCAUAGCCUAUGCUGCCUGCUGCCAGCUGGACUCAGAAGACAGGCCCCUCGCUGGUACCAUCGUCUACUGUGGCCAACAUCUCAGAAGCCCAACACUCAGCCAUGAUGAUAUUGUCAUGGCUACACUACAUGAACUGCUGCAUGCCCUGGGUUUUUCUGGACAGCUCUUCAAGAUGUGGCGAGACUGUCCGUCAGGACUCAGUGCUAGAGAGAAUUGUUCUACGAGGAAACAGGUGACCCGGCGAGAUGAAUGGGGACAAUUGCUUCUCACCACUCCAGCUGUCAGCCACAGCCUAGCCAAACACUUGGGGGUGCCUGGGACUUUGCCGGGAGCUCCUUUGGAAGAAAAGGGCUCUUUGUCUUCACACUGGGAGUCCAGAUUACUUCAGGGAUCUAUAAUGACUGCUACCUUCCAUGGUGCCCAGCACACUCGACUUGACCCAGUAACCCUUGCUGCCUUUGAAGAUUCAGGCUGGUACCAGGUCAACCACAGUGCUGCAGAGGAACUUUUGUGGGGCCAGGGCUCUGGUCCAGACUUUGGCCUGGUGAGCACAUGCAGGACUGGAUCCUCAGACUUCUUCUGCACCGGCAGUGGCCUGGGCUGUCACUACUUGCACCUGGACAAGGGAAGCUGUGACUCUGACCCAACACUAGAAGGCUGUCGCAUAUACAAACCCUUAGCCAAAGGGAGUGAAUGCUGGAAGGAAGAGAACGGACUCCACACCAGAGCGGAGAACCCCCACGGGGAGAUCUACCAUAUGCACAGCCGCUGCUUCCUUGCCAACCUUACCUCCCAAGUGCUCUCCAAACACACCAGCCAACCCUCAACAGCGCCGUAUCUUGAAGAUCCCACAGGCUGUUGCUAUUUACAUCAGUGCACCCACAAGGGAGCCUACGAGGUGCAAGUGGAGGGAUCACCGUGGAUCCCCUGCCUUCCGGGGAAGGCUGUUCAGAUCCCUGGCUACGACGGUCUUCUCUACUGUCCCCAAGGCCGGCUGUGUCUGAGGGAUGAAGGUGCCAGUGCUGCCACCACUCAACCAAUGAGCUUUACCACCCAAGACCUGCUAUCCCAGCUGUCUCUAAGGUUCACGGGGACCCCAGGCCACUCUCUGGGGAAAGGACAGAGAGAAGAGCUUGCUGAGGUCGUUCUGCAGGCUCUGGUGAUGAGAGCUGGCACUAGCAGGUGUUAUUUCCACAGCCCGACCAUCACCACCAGCUUGGUGUUCACUGUGAGUAUGUGGAAGUCUCCUGGCUGCCAAGGGCCUUCCGUUGCUAUGCUACACAGGACCCUGACCCUGACCCUACAGAAGAAACCCCUCCAAGUACACCAUGGAGAAGCCAUCUUUACCACAGACUACAGCAAGCUGUGGACUUCCUUGGACCAUAACCCCUCUAUGACUGAGCUACUUCUGUCCACUGGAUUCUGCCUUCUGGUGCUAAUUCUGGUGGGCGCACUGGGAACUUUGGCUUACCAGAAACGGGCUACGCUCCAAGUGGCACCAUCUACCACUUAACCAUCACAAGAGCUACAUGGCACAAGAGAUCAGAUUAAGAUAAAGCAGUCAUGAUGCCACUCUGCCGGAUGCCAGACAGCAAGAGGGCUCACUGAGUAAAGUCCUUCACCUGUGCGGAUUCCCAAGGAGCCACAGUGUGGAGAAAACCAGCUCUGCAAGCUGUCCUGACCUGUACGCGUGCGCGGUGGCUCACGGGCACUCACACAUAGAUGCACAUGCACACGGUCAGAGUUGCUCUUAUAGAGACCCAAGCACCAACACUGG